AUGUUCCUCGCUGCCUUGUGUCUUCUGGUCAUGGGAGUCAAUGUCUGGAUUCUCAUAGACCAUCUCCUCACUAUUGACGUACCUCCUGCUCUCCAACACCCCGUGAAGAUUUGGAUUAUGCACUACCUUUUCAGUGUGAUGAUGACAUGGCUAGUUUUUACUUGGUCUUCUCUUUCAGAAUGCUACCACAGCUUAUGCAGUUUAUUGGCCAAGGAGACAGAUUCAGUCGUUCUGGCAGUGGGGUACCGAAAGCUUCCUGCCUACCCACAUCCUUUUGGUCUUCAGGACUGUAUAGCUGCCUCAACCCAUUUCCUGAAGAACCUGAAAGCCUAUGGGGUGGACCCCUCCAGGGUUGUGCUCUGUGGAGAAAGCAUAGGAGGUACAGCUGUGGCUGUCAUCCUCCAGACCUUCUUGGGCAGACCAGAUCUUCCACAGAUCCGGGCUCAAAUCCUGAUUUAUCCAGUACUUCAGUUAGUUAAUUUACAGUUACCAUCACAUCUACAGAACCAAAAUACCCCAUUCCUCACCAGAAACUUGUAUUUAAACUGCCUCUAUAGGUAUUUAAACAUUGACAGCUCCUGGAGAGAUGCCUUACUGACAGGAGCUUUUAUUCCCCCUGACAUCUGGAUGAAAUACAAGAAGUUUGUUGGCUCUGACAAUAUUCCUGAAAGGUUCAGGAAGAACAUUCAACAACCUGAGUUUCCUGGUCCUUUUAACAAGGCUGCCUAUCUAGAAGUCAAACACUGUCUGGAGGUAGAAAUUUCUCCCCUUGUAGCUGAUGAUGAGGUCAUAGCUCAACUUCCAGAGGCAUUGCUGGUCAGCAUGAACUGGGACAUUCUCCGAGAUGACACCUUGCUCUACAAGAAGCGUUUGGAAGAACAGGGAGUCCCUGUGACCUGGUACAACUUGGAGGAUGGCUUUCAUUCAGGCAUAUUCUUCUUUGAUAAGAUUUUAUCUUUUUCUUGUGGCUGGCGUAUAAUAAAUGCCAUUGUGAGUUUCACAAAGAGCAUCUGA